AUGCCAGCACGAAAAUCAUUUAACUGGGAGCACCUCUCCUCUUGUGUGCCUUCCUUUGCAGCUGCCUUUGGUCUCUACUUCCCCAGGAAAGAGUACUUGGAAAAUGUUUACAUUGAUGAGCCAGCAGGUACACCACUCCUGCGCAUCCACACCUUGAGGGAUUCACAUGGAGAAGUGGCCCACUUUCAUCUCUGCCAGAAUCUCAUAAUUUCUCGAGCAAGAUCACAUGAAAAUAAUUGGUUUCAAAUCAGAGAAAAAACAGGACUUCUCUACCUCAGUAAAAGCCUGGAUAGAGAAGACUUUAACAUGCUGUCUGUAGGAAACUGGAUGCCAUUAUCAAAGGUGAUGCUGUAUGUCUUCCUUUCAUCCCACCCUUUUCAAGAGAAGGAAUGUGACUCGGCUACACGCACCACAGUUUUCCUGUCCUUGAUGAAUGCUACUGCACCAGCUUGCAGUUCCCUGACAGCAAGGCAGCUUUGCUUCACAGAAAUGGAUCUCUCCUUUCACAUCAAGGAGAAUAAACCACCCGGCACAUUUCAUCAGCUCCAGUUACCCUCAGUUCAUCAUCUGUGUCAGAAUCUCAGCAUUUCCUACAAACUGCUGGCAGCUGAAGGUAUGCCCUUUCGAUACAAUGAGAACACCACUGGUGUGAGUGUGACACAGCGUCUAGAUCGAGAAGAGAGAGAGAGAUAUGAGCUGAUUGCCAAAUGUACCGUGAGAGAGGGCUUCAGGGAGAUGCAGGUGGAGGUGCCCUUCCUGGUGAAUGUGUUAGAUGAAGAUGACUCUCCACCCUUCUUGCCCAAUGGCACUGACACUGCAGAUGCUGUCGUGGAGUUCAACAGGAAAGAGGGAACUGUUCUUGCAACGCUAACUGUAUAUGAUGCAGACACAACACCUAUUUAUCCCCUCGAAAGCAGCAGAAAGAAAUACACAGGAACCAUCAUUACUGAUGAUCCGUGGAUGAGUGAAACAUUUCGGGUAGAGCACAUCUUCGAUGAAAUCCACUUCAGCCCAAAUGGUAGCCAAGUGAGGGGAACCCGACAUGAGUACAAACUGGUACUGAAUAAAAGCAUUUCAGUCACAGAGCAUCGUUCCUUCCAGUUGGAUGUUUUGGUGAAUGACACAGAGUUUCAUGGCCCAGAAAGAUCGGUGAUGCUUCAUUUCAAUGUCUCCAUCCUCCCUGUCAGCAUUCAGUUUCCAAACAUGACUUACCAGUUUACAGUGAACAGAAAUGCUGAACGCUUUGCACAAAUAGGAAAAAUCUGCAUUGAAAACUGUAUGAAAUUCCGUGGUGUGAACAUCACCUACAAGUUACUGUCCCCCAACACAAGCUGCUAUGCUGUCAGCAUACUUCAAGGCCGAGAAGACAAAUAUGGAAGCCUUUAUGUGAAUGAUUCCUCUGUGCUGCACAGACCGGAAUGCAAGGAAAUACAAUACACUAUUCAAGCUACAGACAAGCAAAGCAGGAAACAUACCAAAACCCUCCUCACUGUUGUAUUGGAAGGAACUCUUUUAAAGAAAGAGGAGGACUGUCCUGACUCUUGUGCUGUGAGUAAGCACCAUGCUGAAUGUGAAGAGUGUGGUGGCCUGGGGGUGCUAACAGGAAGAUGCCAGUGGAGACAGGGGAGUGGAAAAGGGAUCACCACAAACUAUUCCACUUGCACCCCAAGUAUCAAGACUUGUCCGGAUGGCAUCUGUGAUGUGAUUGAGAGCAAAGAUCCGGCUGUGUGUCCCCAAGACUGCACAAGUGGAAACAUUAUUGGUGGUCAUGGGAAAGGCAUUGGAAAUCUUGGAAUUAAGUCAGGACACGGCAUUUGUUACUGCUUCCCAAGACAGAACUGUUACUGUGAGAAAGAUGAUAUCAAGGAGCCACUAUGUGAUGACGUUUGCAAGACUGUGAUAGCAGGGGCAGUGCUGCUGUCCUUCAUCAUCUCUGUGCUGCUUUCUUCCUAUUUCAUCCAUCGUUACCACAAGAAUUCUCCGAAGCCACCUAUUGCCUCUGCAGAAAUGACGUUCCGGCGCCCAGCCCAGUCCUACCCCAUCAGUUAUUCUUCCACUAAUGUCCGCCGGCCUUCUUUAGAUUCUAUGGAGAACCAGGUGUCCGUAGACACCUUUAAAAUACCAGAAGAUCCAAAAUGGGAAUUCCCUCGGAAGAACCUAGUUUUGGGCAAGACUCUUGGAGAAGGAGAAUUUGGAAAGGUUGUCAAGGCAACAGCAUUCCGACUCAAGGGAAGGGCUGGCUAUACCACUGUCGCAGUGAAAAUGUUAAAAGAAAAUGCUUCCCAGAGUGAGCUGCGAGAUCUUCUUUCAGAGUUCAACCUUCUGAAACAGGUGAACCAUCCUCAUGUCAUCAAACUGUAUGGAGCCUGCAGUCAAGAUGGCCCGCUGUAUUUAAUUGUGGAAUAUGCUAAAUACGGCUCCUUGCGCAGUUUUCUCAGGGAAAGUCGCAAAGUGGGACCAAGCUAUGUGGGUAGUGAUGGCAACAGAAAUUCAAGUUACUUGGAUAACCCUGAUGAGAGAGCCUUAACAAUGGGAGAUCUGAUCUCGUUUGCAUGGCAGAUAUCACGAGGGAUGCAGUACCUUGCAGAAAUGAAGCUUGUCCAUCGUGAUUUAGCAGCCAGGAAUGUAUUGGUGGCAGAAGGGCGCAAAAUGAAGAUUUCUGAUUUUGGCCUCUCCCGUGAUGUAUAUGAAGAAGAUUCAUAUGUCAAGAGGAGUAAGGGUCGAAUACCUGUUAAGUGGAUGGCCAUAGAGUCCCUAUUUGAUCACAUCUAUACAACACAAAGUGAUGUAUGGUCAUUUGGAGUUCUGCUAUGGGAGAUUGUAACUUUGGGAGGAAAUCCCUACCCAGGUAUUGCUCCUGAAAGACUCUUUAACCUCCUAAAAACAGGCUAUAGAAUGGAGAGACCAGAAAACUGCAGUGAAGAAAUGUACAACCUAAUGUUACGCUGUUGGAAGCAAGAACCUGAUAAAAGACCAACAUUUGCUGAGAUCAGCAAGGAACUAGAGAAAAUGAUGGUGAAGAGUAGGGACUACUUAGAUCUUGCAGCUUCCACACCUUCUGAUUCCUUACUUUAUGAUGAUGGGCUCUCAGAAGAGGAGACACCUCUCGUGGACUGUAAUAAUGCUCCCCUCCCUCGAACCCUCCCUUCCACAUGGAUUGAAAACAAACUCUAUGGUAGAAUUUCACAUGCAUUUACUAGAUUCUAGCAACAGAAAAAAAAAAAAAAGAUUUUUCUUCUGCACUGUUCUCAGACUCUGUAACCGCAUUACAGUGUUUCUUGUCUGAAUGAAGCCAAUCAAAAUUUGCUUGGAAGCUUCUUUUUGG